GGUGUGGUCACAUCACUUUUAUUUUUUAUUUUUGCAAAUAAUGGCGUUUUAGUCCUUCAAGUUUCGUGCUAAAUGGGCCUCUGUCUUUGAGUGAGCAGGACUGAAUAUGGAAGAUAGCGAGUCUUUGUACUUGUAUUUCCUUGCUAGCUCACAAUUUAAGUCGAGCUACAUCAAGACACCAGUAACUGAUUAUGUAGUGAAUCGGAGCCAACCAAAGGACCUUCAUCAGCUUUAUGAACACAUUCAGAGGUCACUGAAAGAAGGGAGCUCGUGUUUCUCUCUUUUUCCUAUUGCGGUGUAUGUGGCCCCAUCAAGAGGAGAGAAAUCGAUUGGAGAUGAGAAUAAGAGAUGUUUUCCCUUGGUCUCUGAUGAGAUAUGGAGGAAAUUUGUUUCAUCUUGUCGUGUUAAUCGUGUGAAAGUGUAUCUUGAAAUGAGACCAACUUAUGACCUACCAAAACCCUCUUCCUCUUGCUUUCCUUUUCGAAAUAAGGAGUUGAAGAGCUUAGAUGUGGCAAGUUACUUUCCUUCUGUCCUUGAGCGGGAUAAUUUGAAAGAGCUAAGCAGCCUGAUAUUCGAUGAGGAUUUUUAUGUAAAAGACAACUUGAGGAGAGGAGUUUGGAUGCACCUCUUAGAGGUUUUUCCUCCUGAACUUAAGACCCUCAGCGAUAGAGAGAAGUAUAUGAAUACUCUGAGAAGAAUUUAUGAUAUAAUGAAGGGCAAGUUAUUCUCUGAGAGGGACUCGUGGACUCCUGAAAAGCGUCACCUUUAUGACAGUAUCCAUAGAGAUGCUGUAAGGACUGAUCCAACUGAAGAGUUCAUUUCUGAGGAGUUCAUUGAGAAGCUUGUUUCUAUUGUCAUGAUAUAUACUUUGGAGCAUUAUGGAGUUGUGAAAUACACACAGGGUAUGACAGAUCUACUGAGCCCAUUGCUUUAUGUGAUGGAGAGGGAGGAUGAUGCCUACAUCUGUUUUGCUGCAAUGUUCAAGCGUAUCCACGAGAACUUUGGUGAGUGGUGUGACGGAGCACUGAACAAAUUGGAACGAUUGCGUCACCUUUGUGAAGUUCUUGAUCCACAACUCUACCGCCAUCUCUGUGACAGUGGUACCGGUGACGACCCUUUCAUUUUAUUCUUUGGAAUGUUACUCAUUGAGUGUCGUAGAGAAUUCAGUUUUGACGAGACACUGCAUUUACUUGAAGUCAUGUGGUGUGCUGCCUUUCCACGGCAAAAAGAGACACACGUUCCUCAAUUUGAGUGGGCGUGUUUCAUGACCAACGUCUCGGCUGAGCUGGUGAAAGAAGUCUUUACGAGUACAUGUAAUCCUCCUUACUCUGCUGAAAGGCUCCAGUCUCUGAGUUUGACACUGCCACCAGUUUCAAGUAGUCACUGUCACUCUAUUGCAACCACGCCUUCAUCCAUGCCUGUCGAUAUCCCGUAUCAAAAUUCCUUGUCCAACGAAUGUCAUUCCAACGAUGAGAGAGAACCAAAGCUACGUGGUAGACUCUCCUCAGAGCUUUCUCCUGGGAGGGACAGAGCAUCGAGCCUACCUGAUUCCAAGGAGUACCUAGUCAUUGAUGCUAAGGAUGCACCUCCUUUACAGUCAACAAAAAGUGAAGGUGACAUACCCACUGAUGAAGAAGAGAAGAAUGACAUAGUUAGCGACUUAGAGUCCAGUCUAGCCCACACAGUGAACAAGAAACUGAAGGGAAAUAACGAAAUGUCUGAUCUCUCUUCUGUCUCUAGUAUCAACACUGCCAGUAGUAAUGGUGUUGCUCGUCAAGCUAAUAAUGACGGAGCCUUUCCUAGUCCACGAUUAACACGAAAUAAUGGAGCUGCUCUACCUCAGGCUAGUCAUGUGGAAGGCCCUGGGACAGAAGAAGACAAGUCCACUACUGUGAUAGCUGAAGGUGAAGAUGUGAAUGAAAGAAGCUUAGAAAUACCGAAGUGUGUUAGUGAUACAGCACUGAGAGAUUAUGAAGACACUCAAUUUGAUAUCUCUACACGAGUAAAUGACGAUCGUUCUCUUACUCCUCCAGUGAAAUCGAAAGAGGAUGGAGCUAAGAAGAAAUACCACACACUCCCUAGAGAGAGGCAGAGAUUUGAGGAUUCAGAAACCGGGACUUAUGGCCGUGAGAGCCAUUCGUUGAGAGCAUCCUCUCCUUCUCACUACCUCAUACAUCAGUUAGUAUCAGGUACGUCAUCUCCCUAUGUGUCCGGUAUUAAUCCCAGGGGAUUGAGACGAGAUAGAAAUCGUGGAGAAUUAUUGGAGAGUUCAGUGUUGCCUCAGAACUCUGGCAGUGGGGGUGAGAGCAGGAGACUGUUUACUAUCAAGAGAGGAGGGGACUCGCCUUACCUUUCUCGCUCUAGAUCCGGUUCGUCCGUUGCACCUCAUACACCAACCAGUGGGAUAUUUGAGCCUGAAAUAUUUGCAGAGAAUAGAGGGGAAAGAGCUGGUUUAGUAGCUGCAGACGAAAAUGUUGUUUCGUCUCAGUUAGUUUCCAGUGAAAGAGCAAGACCAGACAUCAACCUUGAAUCUAGUCUCAAAUAUAAAAUGUCUGACUCUUUCUCGCUCUUUGUGUGCCUUUCGAUCCUUCUCUCUCAUCGUGAAGCUCUAUUAUCAAGGCCAGUUGAUUUUGUGACCUUAUCUCUAAUACUCUCAUCGGACUCUAUUAACUCAAUGUUCAAGCCUAUUCUACGAACAUCUCACCAGCUCUAUGCCUGCUAUCGAAAGUAUUUGGAAUUGUCUAAGUACACCCGAUCCUCUGGUAGCAGCGAUGACAAGUGGUUAGAUGAUUUUGGGGAACUGCCGGAAGAAGCUGCCAUGCCCCCAGACUCACCUCUAAGGAUAUCGCCUGCCACAAGUUGCUCAAUUAAUAACUAUGACAGUUGACACAUGUAAUCAGCUACAAUAA